AUGGAACCAGCGAACUACGAGUUCUCCUACAAAGUGAGCGACUAUGAGAGCGGAAUUGACUUUGGCCACGCGGAAAACAGGCAGGACGAUAAAGCAGAAGGGACGUACUUUGUCGUACUUCCUGAUGGAACCAAACAGGUGGUAGAGUACGAGGCUGAUGAAGAUGGAUUCAAGCCAAGGAUCUCGGUAAUACCAGCCGACACUGCAUCUAGCCGCGCAGGUGACGGGUCUUAUUUACACAACUCCAUAAUCCUAUAG